AUGCAGCCUUUUCGUAAAGGCUAUGAACUCCCACCGGUGCAGUCAGUGACGUCGGGCGCAUUCCCGGCGCCCGCGCUGCUUUCCGCUCCGCCGAGCAGACCUGAUAGCGGGAUGCGAAUGUCCCAUUUACUACAGCCUAUGCCUUCCACUGUACCGGCGACAUCACCGUAUCAGCGCUUUUAUGACUCCGCUUCCGGGUCACCAGCUGAGAGUACACUUCCAGAUGCCCCGCCAAUGAAUUCUGCAGGUCUCUACCAAACCAGUCCGGGCCAUGGGCAGCAAACCGCCGCGCAAUUACAGCAGAAGCGUGCGUAUCGCCAGCGUAGAAAGGACCCCAGCUGCGAUGCGUGUCGUGAGCGCAAGGUCAAAUGUGACGCCUCGGAGUCCUCCAGUUGCACCGAAUGUAACAAUCGCAGAGUGCGUUGUCAAUUUACCAAGGAGACGAACCGUCGUAUGUCGUCCAUCAAACAAGUUCAGGAUCUGGAGAAGCAGUUGCAGAACACGAAACAGCAACUACAGCACUUACAGACCGGCAUGAUGCGCCCCGAUCGCAUGGUUGAUGUUGACGAAGGCGUCCCGCAGCCGAUGGUCAAGUUGCCGGAGAUCGAAUAUCGACCCGUGCGCCGUUCCAAGGCGCCCAUCCCACAGGAUUUCUCCGAUGUGCGAUCUAAUCUCCGUCGUUACGGUCGUGGUAUUUUGAAGGUGCCCACUCCGUACCGCCAAAAGGGUGCAGAAUCAUUGGUCACUGGGGAUGCGCCGGAACUGCCGCCGAAGAACUUAGCAGAUCACUUACUGGCCCAAUAUUUCAAUUGCAUCCACUCGGUGCUUCCGAUACUCCAUUGGCCCAUAUUUAUCGCAGAGUAUGAACAAGUUUAUCGGUCGGGGUCAUUGCUGGGUGUCUCGACCGAAUGGGCGGCCGUGUUGUUUAGCGUAUUUGCUUGCGGCUCGAUUCACACGAACGAGGCCAAUCGGGAAGAGGAAGGAAAGAAAUAUGUACGCACUUCCUGUGGCAUUAUUGAUGUUUGGCAUGACAACUUCAAUUUGGAUCGGGCUCGCGCAGCGCUACUGGCAAGCAUCUUUCUCUACGAGGUCAAUUCGAAGUCAGCUAGCUGGGUAUGGAUUGGCUCUGCAGUGCGAGUGGCUCAAGAGAUUGGGCUGCACAUCGACUCUGGACCGUGGCCUGCAGUCGAAGGAGAGAUGCGGAAGCGUGUUUGGUGGGGGCUAUACGCCUGGGACAGAUUGCUUGCGCUUGAGAUGGGAAAGCCUGUGUUGAUCAAUGAUCAAGAUUGUGAUAUCGACCUUCCAUGUCCCGUGGACGAGCAGUAUAUCACAGAAGGCGGCAUCAUCCCAGACAGCCAACAAACAACGCCACUACUAGCUACAAUCCACGUCGUCCGAUCCAUCGGUCAACUCACGCGCACUCUACGCUCCGCAACCAUCAGUCCUGCCACGCUCGAGACUUUUGAACUCCAUUUCAACACCUGCCUCGCUACCUUUCCCUCCCAAUUUCACCCCAAAACUGACCAAGACCUCGACCCCCGCUCCCUCGCCCCGGUAAUCUACCUCCAGAAUGCCCGUCUUCUCCUCCACCGCCACAACAUCUCCCCCUUCUGCCCAGAAUUUGUUCGCACCUCAGCAAUGGACUACUGCGUCUCGACAGCUCUCGACACGGCCAACAUUCUCGCACGCUGCAUGCGCAACUACCCAACGAAACCGGGACCACCAUGUAUCAAUGAUCCCCGCUCGCACUUUGCCUCCUGCGCCGGCUCCCUUCUCUGUACACACAUCUGGCGCUGCACCCUCCUCCUUCUCUUCCGCGCCGAGUACGACGGUGCUCUAGCGUGCGUCCAAGCGCUGGCGUCAAUUGGCGACGUGCGCACCGUCAACGCAGCCUGUGGCCGAUACCUUGCCUUCUUCCUACGUCGUCUCCUAGUUCGCAUUCGCCCAUCCGAGGGACACGUCGUUGAUCUCGACCACGACGAGGAAAUGAUGGCGUAUGUCUCGGGCGAUAUGCAAGGAACCACCGACGGCAGUUGGGUGUGGCAUGGAUCCGAGACGGGGUCUCAAUUGGAGGGGAUGGGGAACGCGACGUUGGAAUCUUCGAGCCAUCGGACGGAGAUGGAGAUGGAUGCAGAAUGGGAAGGGUGGGAGUGGAUUGAGAAGACUGUGCAGAAUCUCUUCAACGAGAAACAACAGCAACAACAGCGGCAUGUGGCUUAUGGACAGCCAAAGCUGGAAGCUUCUGCUUCGUCUUCUACUCUUGCGCCUGAAUCAGCUGGUUCAGCUAGUUCGGCGCAUUCACGCAUGACGAUUGCUAGCAUUAUUUGA